CGCGCACUCUGCCACAGUUGCCAGACAUUGUUUACAUUCAGAAAUUUCUGUCAACAACAACACGUUGGGCCUACCGAUUGGAAUUUUCCCAUUUUAGGCCUAUUUUAACGCCUAUUUAGCCCUGCUGACGCUGAUUUUGAUAGUUUUGGAGGUCAGCAUGGACGAACACGAAGUUAAUUGUACGGUGUGUAUGGAGCCCUUCGAGGAGGAGCGCCACAGCCCCCGCACUUUGAGGUGCGGCCACACACUCUGUACCCCCUGUAUAGAGGCACUCUUAGACCGGGCGCACCAUGACAGGCUCUGCCCUGAGUGCCGCAAGCCGCUGAAAAUCUCCGCCGUGGGCCACAUCCCUGUCAGCUACACAAUACUGCGGCUGGCACGUGCGCUCUCCAGCGCCACAUCCGAGCCACACAUCAGGGUGCAGGUCGAGGAUGGGGAGACAUGCUUGCAGCAUGGCGCCCCAAUCAUGUCAUGGUGCCAGAAGUGCAAUGUGUGGAGGUGUCGGGAGUGCAAGUGCCCAAAGGAGUGCACCGUCUUCAUGAACCUGCCAGAGGCACUGCUACACAUCAAGCAAGCGUACGUCGACUGCACCAAUGGUAAUAUCUCCCGCCUUGCUGACCAGAAAGCCAUCUAUGAGAAAAAGAAAUCCGAGAUAGAGAAAGAGAUGCUAGCCCUCAGAGAAAAGAAUAAAAAGAUCGAGGAGAAUUUAAAACGCUUUGAUGCUAGCAUCGACAAGUUAGAAGAGUACGAAGCACAGACAGUGGAAGCCAGUUCGUCUAGACGAUUAGAUAAGGUCCUAGGUCUAACUAACAGCUUUCUUAAAGAUAUGGAAACGUGGCUGGGAGAUCUGAAAAGGUCAGCGGAGUCUGAAAAAUCCUCUUCUCUAAGGGUGGCACCAGCGACUGUGAAGGUGCAAGCACCAGUACCGAAGCCUGAAGUUCCUCUCACCGGACCUCUAGACUUUGCGUCCUUGAAGGAGAGACUGAAAGUUUCCCAGUCCAUGUACGCCGUACAAGAGAAGGGCGGCAGGACACGGUGGGCGAAGCUCAGCAUCAACGAAAAAAAUUUGCUCAUCCAUGCCCUGGACGACAUCCCGCCGCCCAUUGGAGCGACACUGCUACCGUUUGACAGCCUUAGUCCUAACGGAUACAGUGGAAGAGGAUUCUUCGACAUCGAGCUCGACGGAAAGGUGCAAGGCCGGAUCUUCUUCUCGGUGCAACUCUAUGAACUGCAGUCUCACAAUUUCCUCCACUGCUGCACUGGCAAGUUUGGGGUCAGCUACAAAGGGUUGCCCAUCGAUUUCAUCUACGAGAUCAACGAGGAUAAUCACCAGAUAGUGGAGGUCAUCGGAGGGGAGGAGAUAGGAGCGGACGACGACGACGACGGAAUCCUCACUCCGCUGAUGACCAGCCUCAGCGUGCCGGAAUUGACGUACUGCCAAGCCAUGACCAACACAAGGAGGAUCCACCCAGGGUUGAUGUGCGCCAUCCCCAUCGGCGAUGGAACCUAUCAACUGGCUGGCUUCAGGAUCUAUCUCUACUACGCUGGAGAGACCACGGAUGACAACAGCUUUGGAACAGUCACCAAUGGCGUGGGCAUCCUCCGCUCUGUCUAUUACAACAGCCGUGACAAAAAUAUAAAAAUAUCCGACUGUGGUAUAUUGAACUGUCUGUCUUGAGCCAGGACGAUAAUUUAUUACAAUAUCUCUAACUCAAAAACAAAUUUUUUUGUAUUUUAAAAAUUACUGUUACAAUAUUCGUAACUCAUAAACAGUUAUUAUGGUAUUUUUAAUAUUACUGUUACAAUAUCUGUAACUCAGAAACAAUUUUUUUGGUGUUUUUAAAAUUACUGUUACGAUAUCUGUAGCUCAAAAAUUAAAUUUUGGGAGGUAUUUUCAAAAUGACCAGCAGUGCUAUAUAACCCUUAUGGGUUUAGUGCUUAGGUAUGACUAUAGUAAUAAUAAUAAUUUCAAAAUUACCAUUACGGUAUCUGUUACUCAAAAAAAAAAGGAAUUUUUUGGGGGGGGGGGGUUGUUUUUUCAACAAGUCGGCCAUCUCCCACCGAGGCAGGGUGACCCAAAAAAGAAAGAAAAUCCCCAAAAAGAAAAUACUUUCAUCAUCAUUCAACACUUUCACCACACUCACACAUUAUCACUGCUUUUGCAGAGGUGCUCAGAACACAACAGUUUAGAAGCAUAUACGUAUAAAGAUACACAACAUAUCCCUCCAAACUGCCAAUAUUUUUAAAAUUACUGUUACGAUAUCUGUAACUCCAAUUUUUUUUGGGAUGGGGAUUUUCAAAAUUACUGUUUAUUUUCAUUCUGUGUAUUAGCAUAGACCUAUGUAAUACAUUAUAUACAUUAUGGUCUCUUUUCAAAAUUAAAAUUUUUUUUAAAAGUUUUUAUUCUAAUUUACUCACAAAAAAAUACAAGAGUUUUAAAAAAAUAUUAAAAUUUUAAUUUUUGUAAAUGUCAGAAAAUUGCUCAAAAAUUUGGACGAGGAAUUUUCUCUCAUUUUUGGAAUUUCAAAAUUUUGGAAAAAUCUGUAUUGUACAGCAUGGAUUUUUUUUUUUUAAUGAACAGAUAUUUUCCAUAUAGUAAUGGAAAUUUUGACGUUCUCCAGAAAAUUUUUUAUUCAAAAAUUCCGAAUUUACGCCCUGAAAAAAAAAUUCUAUACAUUCGAUUCUUUUUUGAGCUCCUCCAUAUAUUGCGUCUUUUGCAAAGGCGACUGAAAAUGCCCAUCCAAAAUUGAAUGGCACAUUGAAAGGCCUUCAAAAUACCUUCUGUUCAAUUUCGAAUGCACUUUUUCAAUCGCAUUUCCAAAAAAAAAAAAAGAUUAUGGAGGGGUUUUAUAAGAGAACCGCAUGUAGUUUACAUUUUUUCCGAAAAAAAUUUUUUUUAGCGUGUAUUUUGGGAAUUUUUAAAUAUGGGUAUACCCCAGGUAUUUAGGGAUAUAUUCCAGGUAUUCAGAGGUAUACUCCAGGUAUACUGAAAAAUGAGCUGAAGUCAGUGUAUAUACACUGAGAGGUGUUGGUCAAUGUAUAUACAUUGAGAGGUGUUGGUCACUGUAUAUACACUGAGGUAUUUAUCAGUUCAUACAGAGAUGUUUAUAAUUGUAUAUACAUUGAGGGAUGUUUAUAUACAUUGUGAGAUGUUUAUCAGCACAUAUAAACUGAGGGGCAUUAGUGUAUAUACAGAUAGAUGUUUUAACUUUGUGUAUAUACACCACACCAAGAAGUGUGGAUAUACAUUGUGUAUAUAUGUAGUAUGAUGUAUAUGCAACAUAUACACUGGUUUACAUUAUUUGAUAUUUUAGGUAUUAUUCUUAACUGGUGGUAUACAGGUGACCUGCAGUCUUAAUGACCCUCUUGUAGUAGAUGGACUUUAAGUCCCAUUAACCAACCAACCAGUCUUAAUGACCCUGAUGUAGUAGAUAGACUUUAAACCCCAUUAACCAACCAACCAGUCUUAAUGACCCUGGUGUAGUAGAUAGACUUUAAACCCCAUUAACCAACCAACCAGUCUUAAUGACCCUGGUGUAGUAGAUAGACUUUAAACCCCAUUAACCAACCAGCCAGUCUUAAUGACCCUGGUGUAGUAGAUAGACUUUAAACCCCAAACCAACCACUUAGCCUUAAUGACCCUCGUGUAGCCCAUCAUUUUCUGAGCAUCAGAUCAUAUCAGAUCCACCAUCAUAUCUGUCAGAUUAGGUUAAUUCUGAAUUAACCACCAGGUCCCCAUCUUUCAAAUAUUUCAAGUUACAAACCUUUUUAUUUACAGAAGUGCACUUUAAAAAGAUACUUUUAGGGGGCACUUAAAGAACAUUUUAGGACACCAAAACAUUUUAGGGGGGCACUUAAAGAAUAUUUCAGGGGGACACUUUAAAAAUAUUUUAGGACACCAAAACAUUUUAGGGGGGCACUUAAAGAAUAUUUCAGGGGGACACUUUAAAAAUAUUUUAGGACACUAAAACAUUUUAGGGGGGCACUUAAAGUCUUUAAAGGGACAAAGAGAAAUUUAGGGAACACAAAAACACUUAAAACUACUCAGACACAUUACAAACAUGUCUUCAACAUAACCAUCCUGUGCUCUGUUGUUUCCUCGACAAACGGUUUGUCUCUUGAAACACGAGGGGCACCACUUGAAUUUUCUUGGCUUUUCUUGGCCCCCCUCCCCCCCAGGUAACAUUGUGCCUAGGGGGGCACAGUGUUGCUGUGCCCGGGUAAACGCAGUUAAUGGUAAUGAAGCGCUUGUGUGGCGUGGAAGGAUAAAAAAAAACAUUCACUGCGCUUUACAUUGUUUAGGGUUUUCUUGUAGAUGAACUUCAUUUAACGGGCUUGGGAAAUACGGGACUGACUCCGCUGUUUUGGCCAAUUAAAAAAAACGGUUAAAGUCCGUUUGUUGUGAAAUUUGCCACUAUUGUUGUGAUCACAGUAAAAGACCCAUUUUGAUCAACUAUAAUACAAACUUUAUCUCUAUAAAUUGGAAUAUUGUAUACAGUCACUCCCCUGCUUACAAAUAGGUUCAGUUCCAAGCUGUCGUUCAUAAGUCUAUGUAUGUACACAGUAUUAUACAGUAGUGUAGUGUGUGUACGUAUGAACACUGAGUAUGUUAAAACCUAGUUUAAACAUAUACGUAUGUGAACACAGGAAAAAUACAUUAUUAUGUCCACUUUUGUUAGCACUACCACCUGCAUCACCACCCCUUUUGUGCUUAACUCAAAUAUAUUGGGGGUAUUCUAAAUUGCAAGUAACACUGAAUUUGUGGAGAGAGCACAGGCACACACAAGAACAGUCCUGCUAAAGUAACUUACUAUGUAUUUUUUGCAUCUCGGCGCUUCCUGCAAAAUGUUCAUAUUAUCGAAAGUUUGCAGCACGAAUGUUUGUAUGUAUGGGAGUCUCUGUAUUAUACAUUUAAGGUGAUUGAUGUAUACAGUGGACCCCCGCGUAACAAUCACCUCCGAAUGCGACCAAUUAUGUAAGUGUAUUUAUGUAAGUGCGUUUGUACAUGUAUGUUUGGGGGUCUGAAAUGGACUAAUCUACCUCACAAUAUUCCUUAUGGGAACAAAUUCGGUCAGUACUGGCACCUGAACAUACUUCUGGAGUGAAAAAAUAUCGUUAACCGGGGGCCCACUGUAUUACUACUAUAUAGAAAGUCCCUUAUUAUACAGAGCAUUUUAGGCAUCCUUAUAACUAAAUUAUUAGAAAUAGCAGUCACCUGUAACUAUCCUGUUAGUCCGCUAAAUCAGAAUUUUACAAACCACGCCACGAGUGGGGGUUGAACUUGUGUGGAAUGAGUCGUAAAACUCCAGGCCAGUGCAUGAGCCACUGACCUGGAGUUUUACGACUCACUCGCCACAAGUUUAAUCCCCGCCAUGGAAUGAUUUGUUUGUAAUUAUGCCAUUGCAAUUUUGUGAGAGUUUUACUGUUGUUGGGGGCAGUAAUCAUUAUAUUUUGCAGUCAUCUGUAUAUCACAAGUCUUGAACAGGUUUUGAACACGUUUGAAACAGAUUUUAAACUUAAAACUGUUCCUUACACAUCAAUUUUUUUUAUUUUGAAUUGCUGUGUAAUGAGCAUUUUUUAUGCUUUAAAAAUAUUGUUUAUAAUAAAAAUAUAAAAAAUCAUGUAAACAUGAUUAAAUAAACUUUGAAUUGUCAUUAAUCUUAAUUUUACUUAUAAAAGAUUAUUUUUUGUGUUGAUAAUCAAAUACAAACCUGCUUUUUUUUUAUUUAAAUGAGAAUUUUGAUACUUUAGUAUCAAACUUUUUAAAUUAUUGUUAAAAACUGAGAAUUUUCUUACUUUAGGUCAAACUUUCUUAACCCUUAAACUGUCCAAACGCAGAUCUACGUUUACGCACGUAGUGCUCUGACCUUGAUUUUCUCCAUAAGAAACAAUGUAAAAAAAUACGUAGAUCUACGUUUGGACAGUUUAAGGGUUAAAUUUGUUAAAAAUUUAAGUGAUAUAAUUCUGUUAAUUUAGGUCAAACUUUCUUAAAUUUAUGUUAAAAAUACAGUGACAUAAUUCUCUUAUUUUAGUAUUUUAGGUCAAACUUUGUUAAACUGGUACAGUAAAUUCUCUUAUAAAGCUUCUCCAUAUAGUGUGAUUUUUUUUUUCUUUUGCAAGCGUGACUUAUAAAAAAGUUCAUCAAAGAUUGAAUACUACAUGCUGUGGAGGCCUUUCAGCAUGCUAUUAAAUUUUCGAUGUACGUUUUCAGUCGCAUAUACAAAAAAUAACACUGUAUAGAGAGUUUAUGGGAAUAAAAAUUCAUUUAAAC